GGGAGGAAAUCAUCAGCGUAGGCGAUACGACAGCAACAGGGUGUCACAAACUCUGGAUGAGACCGACGGACACGUCUCGUUCGGGCCAUGAGCAGCAUGUCCACGCGUGUGACUGCGUGUGUUAGGGCACGGGGCGCCUGCGGGUCCAGAAAUGCGUCUUUUGGCGUCGCAGCCCAAAGGGGCUUUUGCAUGACUGCUGCAGGGACAGUGGUGGACGGCAAGUUAGAAGGAGGUAAAGGAGCGGUUAAAGACCUAAGGAAGAGGGGCGUGGAUGGACGGGUGAGGAGCUUCGAGGAGAUCCCUCACACUGGGAGGAACGGCUGGGUCAAUCUGGUGAAGUUCUGGAGAGAAGAUCGCUUCAGACAUCUCCACAAGCACAUGGAGAGGAGCUUCAAUGCCCUCGGCCCCAUCUACAGGGAGAAAGUGGGCACCAUGAGCAGCGUGAACAUCACACUGCCAUCUGACAUAAGUGAGAUGUUUCAGUCGGAGGGCCUGCACCCCCGACGGAUGACUCUGCAGCCUUGGGCGACACACCGAGAGAUACGCAAUCACAGCAAGGGAGUCUUCCUCAAGAACGGUGAGGAAUGGAGAGCCGACCGUCUGCAGCUCAACAAGGAGGUGAUGAUGAGUGAGGCCGUGAAGCGCUUUCUCCCCCUCCUCGAUGAGGUGGCAAAAGAUUUCUGUCGGAUGCUGCAAGCGAGAGUGGAGCGUGAGGGACGACGAGGGGAGAGGGGUCGGAGUCUUACCAUCGAUCCCAGCCCUGACCUCUUCCGCUUCGCACUGGAAGCCAGUUGCCAUGUGAUCUACGGGGAGCGUAUUGGCCUCUUCUCCUCAUCUCCCUCCCAGGAGUCUCAGAAGUUUAUCUGGGCAGUGGAGCGAAUGCUGACUACCACCCCCCCUCUCCUCUACUUGCCCCCUCGUCUGCUACUCUACAUCGGCGCUCCCCUGUGGACCCAACACGCCACUGCAUGGGACCACAUCUUCAGUCAUGCGGAGGCAAGGAUCCAGAAGGCCUACCAGCGCCUGUCCUCUCAGGGUCGAGGGCCCACAGCUGGGGCAGCUGGAUGCCAGUACACUGGGCUUCUGGGGCAACUCAUGGCAAAAGGACAGCUAUCUCUGGACCUCAUUAAAGCCAACAUCACCGAGCUGAUGGCUGGAGGUGUCGACACGACAGCUGUGCCCCUGCAGUUUGCUCUUUUUGAGCUGGGGCGCAACCCGGACGUCCAGGAGAGGGUUAGGCAGCAGGUGAGAGCAUCGUGGGAAAAGGCUGGUGGUGACCCCCAGAAAGCCCUGCACGGGGCACCGCUACUGAAAGGCACAGUCAAAGAGGUUCUCAGGUUAUACCCAGUGGGAAUCACAGUGCAACGGUAUCCAAUCAAAGACAUCGUUAUCCAGAAUUAUCACAUACCUGCUGGGACAAUGGUCCAGGCCUGUCUUUACCCGAUGGGAAGGAAUCCUGACGUGUUUGAGGAUCCGCUCAGUUUUGAUCCCAGCCGGUGGAGCAAAAACAGAGGGGAAGGCCAAAAAGCAGAAGCUACAGGAUUCCGGUCCCUGGCGUUUGGGUUCGGGGCGAGGCAGUGCGUCGGGAGAAGGAUUGCUGAGAACGAGAUGCAGCUUUUGCUCAUGCAUAUCCUGCUGAGCUUCCAUCUCAGCGUAUCGUCCUCAGAGGACCCCGAAACCACAGUCACCCUGAUCCUCCAGCCUGAGACUCCACCAAGGAUCACAUUCAGCAAGCUCUGACACACACACGGAUUCUUGAAAUCACAUGUUUAUUCGCUCGGUUUGCU